CUGCCCUGCCCUGCCCUGGCGCACCGGCUCCUGGGCAGCAGCCGGCCGUGCCUCGCUCGCCGGCUCGGGGCGAGAGGAAGGGGCAGCUCUGUGGCUUAGACCAGGCUGCUGCAAGGAUGGGGCCCCUGGAAGCAGCAGGUGAGGACAACCAGACAGAUGAAAUGAAAAUGGAGCUGUUCACUAAGCUGUACUUGACAAGAUACACCACACCACUCAAUGAAUUGGCUCUGGACCCUAAACCAGAACUGAAGGACAGCACAACACUUGUUGAAGUACAGAUAAUUCUCAUCUUUGCUUACUGCUCCAUCAUCCUGCUGGGAGUGAUCGGAAACUCCCUGGUGAUCCACGUGAUCAUCAAGUUCAAAAGCAUGCGCACAGUGACUAACUUCUUCAUUGCCAACCUGGCAGUGGCUGACCUGCUGGUGAACACGCUGUGCCUGCCCUUCACUUUGGUUUAUACGCUCCUGGGCGAAUGGAAACUGGGCCCGGUGCUGUGCCACCUGGUGCCUUAUGCCCAGGCCCUUGCUGUCCACGUGUCCACUGUCACUUUGACCGUGAUCGCGCUGGAUCGCCACCGCUGCAUCGUCUACCACUUGGAAAGCAGAAUCUCUAAGCGGAUCAGCUUCCUGAUUAUAGGAGUGGCCUGGGCAGUCAGUGCCCUGUUGGCAAGUCCUCUGGCCAUCUUCCGUGAGUACUCGUUGAUUGAGAUCAUUCCUGACUUCAAGAUUGUGGUCUGCUCUGAGAAGUGGCCAGGGGAGGGGCAGCUCAACUACGGCACCAUCUACAGCAUCUCCAUGCUCCUGAUCCAGUAUGUUCUGCCUCUGGCAGUCAUCUCCUAUGCCUACGUCCGUAUUUGGACCAAGCUCAAGAACCACGUUAGCCCCGGGGCGGGGAAUGACCACUAUCACCACCGGCGCCGGAAAACCACCAAGAUGCUGGUGUGCGUGGUUGUGGUGUUCGCUGUCAGCUGGCUGCCCUUCCACACCUUCCAGCUGGUCAGUGACAUUGACAGUCAGGUGUUAGACCUGAAAGAGUACAAACUGAUCUACACGGUGUUCCACGUCAUUGCCAUGUGCUCCACCUUUGCUAACCCCCUCCUCUAUGGCUGGAUGAAUAACAACUACAGGACCGCCUUCCUCACGGCCUUCCAGUGUGAGCAGCGGCUGGACUCCAUCCACCCCGAAGUAUCAGCAGCUUUCAAAGCCAAGAAGAAACUAGAAGCCAAGAGGAUUCAGUUCCCUGGGGACUCUUUCACACAACCUACCAAUGUCUAAGAUGUCUGACUGUAAAGAAGAAAUAUGUUGUGGACAAAGGGGUGAACCCGUUUUGGUACACGCAUUUUCAAUGCGUAUUAUUCACAAAUGGUGAAAGAACAGUAGCAGGAAGGUCGAGGCAAGUAUUAUGAUUUGAGGGGAGUUGAUUGAUGCCAAGAGUAUGUAAAUAUACAA